AUGAAAGUGGGGGGAAAGAAGGAGAAACCAAAGAAGCGAAGCUUUGGAAACCGCACGUUUGACGAUUUUGACAAGUUUGUGCUAUUAUAUCUGCGCCAGACGAAUUCCAAGCGAACACUCAAUGAUUACAAGCAUUCUCUCAGAUUUCUGACUGGAACAGAUUGCUCCACCCAGCUUAUUUCGGCUUGCAGCACCAAGCCGCUCAACGGAAGCAUCAUGAAGACAUUGAAGGUGCCACGUGACAAAUUGACACUGGACAAUAUCAAUCGCUUCCUCACUUACAAAGGCAUUACCCAGCGUAUUGACCCAUGUCGCCUAAAGUUUGGCGACAAGAAACAUUUGAGAGGAAACGACUUGUUUGAUGCAAAGGUUCGACGUAAUCCAUUGACAGGUGAGGUAGAACUAGUGACUGUCAAUUCUGAUUACCUAUUCACCCAGCACAAUAUCACCGGUAUUUGCGGUAUUGCUGGACAGCGUCCCUUUGACUACUACAUACAUGACGGAACCAAUGAUGCCGCAACUUUUCGCGAUUGUCUCUUGCGUUCUAUCCAGAAGGAUUUCUUGGUUCGUGGAGAUGUUCUUGUCCUCGACAGUGCUGAAAUCCGCGGAUACAAAGAGAAUUAUGAUUUGGAAGGUUACCUCUACAUCAAGUAUGGGAUCUUGCUCCUAUUCUUGCCUACUCGUUCGCCAGAGCUCAAUCCAAUCGAACAAUACUCUUGUUUAGAGAUUGAAGCAGGUUCCCAUCUUCCACACAAACCCAGAAUGCCGCCGAGAUGCUGCACCACUCGCUGCUUGUUCAAUCAUGGAGAACGUCACUUUUGGGGAUGCCUACAGAGCAUUUCAAAAGCGACACUACGUCCCUUGAAAUCCCAAAAUUUUAGAAUUGUAAAAAGAUAG